AUUGCAACAGUGUUCAUCAUCAUCAUCACAUUCAUGAUCAUGUUGAGUUUGAGUUCAUAUAUAUUUCCUCACAAUUUCAAAAGGGUUUCUCUAAAAUCUCUUACAAUUCUCUUAUAUCUACCAAAUGUUUGGAAUUGAAGAAGCUGAUAAUGGUAAGGACAAGCAUGGGCUGCCACCAGGGUUUAGGUUUCACCCCACCGAUGAAGAGCUCAUUGUUUAUUAUCUUGCUUCAAAGACCUUCCAAGCUUCCAACUUUCAUGGGGUUAAUAUUGCUGAAGUUGACCUCAAUAGAUGUGAGCCUUGGGAGCUUCCAGAUGAGGCAAAGAUGGGUGAAAAAGAGUGGUAUUUCUUUAGCUUAAGAGUUAGGAAAUACCCGACAGGGCUUAGAACCAACCGAGCUACGGUGGCUGGUUACUGGAAAGCCACCGGAAAAGAUAGGCAAAUUCAUAGUGAUUCCAAUGGAGUGAAGCUUGGAACCAAGAAAACUCUUGUGUUCUACAAAGGUGGUGCCCCUAGAGGACUCAAAACCAAGUGGGUUAUGCAUGAGUAUCGCCUCCACUCUGAUCUCGCUUCCCGUAAUGCUUGCAAGGACGAGUGGGUUCUAUGCAGAAUAAUACACAAAUCCGGUGAGAAAAUCAAACCCAGAAGAUGUCUCCAAGCGUCUCCUUUGUCGGUUCCCUCUCCCGUAUCUCUGCCUCCAUUAUUCUUGGACGAAGCUCAAACCGUAGCCCACAACGACAUUCGAUUCCAAGCCGCUCUACAGAACCUUCAGCGCCACGAAAAUGGCGUCGAGAGCUUCAUCACGAACAACCCACAUUUCAUUUUCCAAUCAACCCUCUUACCCUUUGGCUUAAACCUCGACACCCACUUGUCUCCGCCGUCGCUUCAAGGGACGACCAGCAGCACCGACACCCACUUGGUUGAUGUUGGUGGGUAUGCAGGUGGGCGUGGUGAGUGUGAUGAAAAUUGGUCGGGAGGGUGGUGAUGAUUGGGUGUCGGAUCAGACGUUUGUUAUUUAUAUUCUCCCUACACGGAUCUCGAAGCAUUUUGUUUUCUUGUUUUUUGAAUGAUGCUCGAAGAUCGAUGUAAUAGAACAAUAAUGCUACUUGGAACUUAAUUUAUUGCAUUCUUUCGAAGUA